AGGAGAUGGCGAUAGAGAUGGCGGGCUGAGCCGCCAUGGUGCCGUGCGGAGCCGUGCUGUGGCGGCGGCUGCUGAGGAAGCGCUGGGUCCUCGGCGUCGUCUUCGGGCUGUCCCUCGUGUAUUUCCUCAGCAGCACCUUCAAGCAGGAAGAACGGACGGUGAGAGACCGGAACCUCCUUCAGGUGCAGGAGCACGAGCAGCCCAUCCUAUGGAAGGAGCAGUUCAGCUCGGGGAACGGCAGCCACCUGAGCAACCAGUGCCGGAAUUCCGUGCAGGGGAAGCUGUUCAUCACGGACGAGCUGGGCUACAUCUGUGAGAGGAAGGACUUGCUGGUCAAUGGCUGUUGUAAUGUCAACGUGCCCAGCACCAAGCUGUACAGCUGUGACAGCUGCCUUCCCAACGGCUGCUGCAGUGUGUAUGAGUACUGUGUGUCCUGCUGCCUGCAGCCCAACAAGCAACAUCUUCUGGAACGUUUCUUGAACCGGGCAGCUAUGGCUUUCCAAAACCUCUUCAUGGCAGUGGAAGAUCGUUUUGAGCUGUGUCUGGCGAAAUGUAGGACUUCAUCACAGAGUGUGCAGCAUGAGAACACCUAUAGAGAUCCAAUUGCAAAGUACUGCUAUGGAGAAUAUCCCCCCGAGCUGCUGCCUGUGUGAAAGCUGCAUGAUUUGAGCAGCAAGGUGAAGGAACUGGAGACCGGAAUCCAAAAGAGCAAGACAACAGCUGCUGCUUUACAAGAGCCUCAGUGUAAAUGGUUUACAGUAUUGUCAGUGGCCAACCUGGAGGUGUACGGAGUAAGCAAGAGACUCGAGUUCUGUGGAAUUGAAUCUUGCUUUCUUCAGCUGAUACUGUGCACCUGCUUUGGGGCACUAGAAGGGGCGUUCUUUGAAUUGUUCUUCUACAGUAGCUUGUUUUUUAGGAUGCAUGGAGUGGAUCUAGCCUAUAAAAUAUCAUAGAAAAAGAGUCUGAUGUAGCUUUGCAGCUGUACCUGUAGGCUCAGUGGUCCCUGCAGUCCAGAGACUUCCCAGAAUGGCAGUAAUAAUGACAGAACCUUUGCUUGUAGGGAGUAAAGCGUGCCUGUUGUUUCUCUGGAGUGCUACCCUGAUGUGCAUGGUGUACACUACAUCUGUAAUUAUGAAUUAUUUAUUCAGUUUAUAUGGAUUUCCAGCUGGAAGCAUUGAUGCUUUGCAUAACUGGUUGUUGAUGUCUUUCAGCCUGUUUCUUUGUAUCGUGUAAAAAGGAUAUUUUACAUCCUUACUAAAAUUGGUUGGUGUUUUUCCCUCCUUAGUCUAAAGGAUUUGUAUUGGCUUUAUGGCUAUAGUGCUUAUGUUCCCCUUAGUGAGUUUAAAGCAUUUGAAACUCCAAUGGAGUUGUUAUCUGUCAAAGUCCCCUAGCAUGAGAGAAGAGCAGAGGUCUCCCUGUGAUGGGACCUUUACUGUCUGUAAGUGCUCCCCUUAGUUCUCUGCAGCAGUUUGCUUGAAGAGGAGCAUAAGCCUUGCAAACAGCUCUUUGCCUGUCCACUUGCUGACAGGAAACAAAGAAGAUUUAUUUGCUUGAAUUUGUUCAGGAGUCAGUAAUUCAAUUGUGCUUCACUUCUGGUUGUGCAGGAGGCAGAAGGGUGGAGUUCUUCCAGGAUCCUUGCCUAAUGACAUCCUUGUUCAUGAAGUAAAUGUGCUAGAAUGUUAGAAUAUGGUGCAGGCCCUUCUCUGAGGGCAGCUGUGUUGCAUGAGCUCAGUUAAACCAUCAGGGUGUUUUGCUUUGCUGUUUGACAUGCUGCUCCCAAAUUUCAGCCUGAUCAGAAUGGCAGUAGAACUGAGUUGGUUCUCCCAGUUUUCUACAGUUGACUCCUUAAGUGAGGCUGCUCAGCACAGAGGAGAUGGGUAGAGAAUGUGUAAGAUACUGACUAAAUCUGUUCUUUCCCUACAUGUCACUAUGUGAAGGCUAAGCACCAGACAAAACUGGGCUGUAUUUUGCUAUGCAAAGCCUCAUUUCCCCUGUUUUUACCCCAGCCAUCUCUGUGCAGCGAGGCCACUUCAGUGAUUCUGACUUUGCAUAUGCAUGUUUAAACUGUUGCUUCCUAUUCCCAGUCUAAAGGAGAUCUUUACAGAAUCUACAGAGGAAUCUACAGAGACUUUAUUAAAAAACAAGCACGGUGGUGGAGUGUCCUUGUGCAAAAGAUAUCUGUACAAUGCUACAGCAAGAUAUCCUGUGUUUCCAAUUAAAAUUCUCUGUGAUAUAAACAAGUAGUGUUACCAACCACCUGAUAAAAUCCACUUGCAUUGUUUUCAUUGUUCUUUCCCAGAACUCAUCAAGUGAGACAUUGAUUCCGUCAGCAGAUUUUCUUGAAAGUCUUGUUUCUCCCAAGGCUGCAGCGUGAGCAGUUUAUCCGGAUGGAAACAACUCCCCUUUGCUGCCAUCCCAUGGCAAGUCGCUGCAGCAAGCAUGAUGCAGGGUGAAGGUGCAAUAUGAAAUGCUGUCUUAAGAGGGUAGCAGAGGUUACUCGCGUCUCUUUUCAGUGUUAAACAGAUUCUUCACCUCCCUUCCACACUUCAUAAGUGAAGGCCAUGGGGUUGGUCUUGUUAUAUCAUUCCUACUGGGAUGUGUUCCCACGUGUCACAUCGCUGCGCAAAGAUCGAGGUACUGAUGGCUUACCCUGGAUUUCUUUUCCAGCUUGGUAUUUAUUCUGCUGGUGAUAUCUCUGCCUUGAAGCAGUAACUGUGAGAAAUCAUAAGAACCAACUGAAUGUGGAUGGCUUUAGUGGGAGUUCCUGCUCCCUCUCUGAGGGAUGUUCAGCAGUGUGUUGUAACCACUGCCCAUUCGCUGGGGCAGAGAGUGCAUCUUCCUUCCCUGGUUGUUAAGUGCUGUGUGCUAAAUCAUUAAAAAUGUAUGUGUUCCAAAA